CUUUCCUAACGGGGUUAUAAAAACAGCGCCCUCGGCGGGGUCCAGUCCUCUGCCACUGUUGCUCCGAGGUCCCUGCGCCAGAGACUCAGCAGCGCUCCCACCACCCACACCCACCGCGCCCUCGUUCGCCUCUUCUCUGGGAGCCAGUCCGCGCCACCGCCGCAGCCCAGCCCAUCGCCACCCUCCGCAGCCAUGACCACCAGGUCCGUGUCCUCGUCCUCCUACCGCAGGAUGUUCGGCGGCCCGGGCACCGCUAGCCGGCCGAGCUCCAGCCGGAGCUACGUGACUACGUCCACCCGCACCUACAGCCUGGGCAGCGCGCUGCGCCCCAGCACCAGUCGCAGCCUCUACGCCUCGUCCCCGGGCGGCGUGUAUGCCACGCGCUCCUCUGCCGUGCGCCUGCGGAGCAGCGUGCCCGGGGUGCGGCUCCUGCAGGACUCGGUGGACUUCUCGCUGGCCGACGCCAUCAACACCGAGUUCAAGAACACCCGCACCAACGAGAAGGUGGAGCUGCAGGAGCUGAAUGACCGCUUCGCCAACUACAUCGACAAGGUGCGCUUCCUGGAGCAGCAGAAUAAGAUCCUGCUGGCCGAGCUCGAGCAGCUCAAGGGCCAGGGCAAGUCGCGCCUGGGGGACCUCUACGAGGAGGAGAUGCGGGAGCUGCGCCGGCAGGUGGACCAGCUAACCAACGACAAAGCCCGCGUCGAGGUGGAGCGCGACAACCUGACCGAGGACAUCAUGCGCCUCCGGGAGAAAUUGCAGGAGGAGAUGCUUCAGAGAGAGGAAGCCGAGAACACCCUGCAAUCUUUCAGACAGGAUGUUGACAAUGCCUCUCUGGCUCGUCUUGACCUUGAACGCAAAGUGGAAUCUUUGCAAGAAGAGAUUGCCUUUUUGAAGAAACUCCACGAAGAGGAAAUCCAGGAGCUGCAGGCUCAGAUUCAGGAACAGCAUGUCCAAAUCGAUGUGGAUGUUUCCAAGCCUGACCUCACCGCUGCCCUGCGUGACGUACGUCAGCAAUAUGAAAGUGUGGCUGCCAAGAACCUGCAGGAGGCAGAAGAAUGGUACAAGUCCAAGUUUGCUGACCUCUCCGAGGCUGCCAACCGGAACAAUGACGCCCUACGCCAGGCAAAGCAGGAGUCCAAUGAAUACCGGAGACAGGUGCAGUCCCUCACCUGUGAAGUGGAUGCCCUUAAAGGAACCAAUGAGUCCCUGGAACGCCAGAUGCGUGAAAUGGAAGAGAACUUUGCCGUUGAAGCUGCUAACUACCAAGACACUAUUGGCCGUCUACAAGAUGAGAUUCAGAAUAUGAAGGAGGAAAUGGCUCGUCACCUUCGUGAAUACCAAGACCUGCUCAAUGUUAAGAUGGCCCUUGACAUUGAGAUUGCCACCUACAGGAAGCUGCUGGAAGGCGAGGAGAGCAGGAUUUCUCUGCCUCUUCCAAACUUUUCCUCCCUGAACCUGAGGGAAACUAAUCUGGAUUCACUCCCUCUGGUGGACACCCACUCAAAAAGGACACUUCUGAUUAAGACGGUUGAAACUAGAGAUGGACAGGUUAUCAACGAAACUUCUCAGCAUCACGAUGACCUUGAAUAAAAAUUGCACACACUCAGUGCAACAAUAUAUUACCAGCAAGAAUAAAAAAGAAAUCCAUAUCUUAAAGAAACAGCUUUCAAGUGCCUUUCUGCAGUUUUUCAGGAGCGCAAGAUAGAUUUGGAAUAGGAAUAAGCUCUAGUUCUUAACAACCGACACUCCUAAAAGAUUUAGAAAAAAGUUUACAACAUAAUCUAGUUUACAGAAAAAUCUUGUGCUAGAAUACUUUUUAAAAGGUAUUUUGAAUAUCAUUAAAACUGCUUUUUUUCCAGCAAGUAUCUGACCAACUUUUUCUGCUUCAAUAAAUCUUUGGAAAAACUC